UUACACAGAAAUGAAACUCAGCUCUGCUUCCUGCUCUGCCUGCUUUGCUGCUCUGUGGGAGAGACAGAACGUAACCCAGAGAGGGAAAAAGAGUGCAAGACGAGAGAAAGAUAACAGUGCAAACAUGGCAGAGGCCAAUGUGUUUUUAGCUCAGGAUCAGUUCACUUGUGCAAUCUGUUUGGAUCUACUAAAGGAUCCGGUGACUAUUCCCUGUGGACACAGUUUCUGUAUGGAUUGUAUCUCAGGCUGCUGGGAUCAAGAGGAUCCAAAGGGAGUCUACAGCUGCCCACAGUGCAGACAGACUUUUACUCCAAGGCCAGUUCUGGGCAGAAACACAAUGCUGGCUGAAGUGGUGGAGAAGCUGAAGCUUCUGGGACUCCAGUCUGCUCCUGCUGCCCACUGCUAUGCUGGACCUGGAGAUGUGGAGUGUGACGUCUGCUCUGGGAGAAAGCGGAAGGCUGUCAAGUCCUGUCUGGAGUGUCUGUCGUCUUAUUGUGAAACUCACUUCACGUCUCACAACGAUCUGUUCCCAGGAAAGAAACACAAAGUGAUUGACGCAGCUGGUAAACUGGAGGAUCUGAUCUGCUGUCAGCAUGAUAAACUGCUGGAGGUCUUCUGUCGCACUGAUCAGACAUGCAUAUGCAUGCUGUGUGUCAUGGAUGAACACAGUGGACAUAAAACAGUUUCAGUUGCAGCAGAGCGGACAGAGAAACAGAAAGAGCUUGGAAAAACACAGAGAACAUGUCAUGACAUCAUAAAAGAAAAAGAGACUCACCUACAACACCUCAGAAAGGCUGUGAAAACUCUUCAGUGUUCUGCUGAUGCAGCAGUGGAGAACAGUGAGAGGGUCUUCACUGAGAUGAUCCGCUCCAUUGAGAAAAGACGCUCUGAGGUGACGAAGCUGAUCAGAGAUCAGGAGAGGGCUGAUGUGAGUCGAGCUGAAGAACUCAUGGAGACACUGGAGCAGGAGAUCGCUGAGCUGAAGAGGAGAGUUGCUGAGCUGGAGCAGUUCUCACAAAGUGAAAAUAACGUCCGUUUUCUCAAGAGUUUCCAGUCUCUGUGUGCCUCCACUACAUCUGACAAGUCAUCUACGUGCUCAGUGCAUACAGAUGAGCUUUUUGAGAGAGUGAGUGACAGCCUCACUGUGCUCAAAGAGAAACUGCAGGAUGUGCUCCACCAGGGACUACAGGACAUGACUAAAACUGGUAUGUCUCACAGUCACAGAUAUCAUGUUGCACUGCCCAUCAUGGCCAGGUCAAGAAUGCUCAGCACUAUUGUGCUUCUUUCCAACAGGUGAACAAAUCAGCAUUUUCAGACCUUCAGAGCCUGUGACCAGAGAGGAUUUCCUGAAAUGUAAG